AUGGCCCGACCGAUGCAGACCUCUUUAAAUAACAUCCUGCUGCAUCUCGACCCGCAGGAAUUUCACGUCACGUCAGGCCCUCCCACCCGUACCGAGUGUUUCGCUCCCCGGAGAAAUAGGUGUAUGUCGAUCCACCCAUCUCCUUAUGUCCGCGCUCUUUGGAUCCAUACUUAUGUCGGCCCAGAGUCCAGCUUUUGUUUCUUCAUCCCCCUCAACUGCUCCUCCAUGGCAUCCACUGCACCGUUCGCCACUGUUACGACCUCCAAGUCCACCUUAAUGCAUGCCUGUCUCGCCCAGCUGUCACCAGAACUCCAGACCAUGGACAGCAUCAUCCAUGCGACGCCCAAAGCAUUCUCGUGCCGGAAGCCCACCCUCCCAAUCGAAAUCCUCCUCCUCAUUAGGGAAUUCGUCUUCCCAAUCGUCACCACCCAUCUCGUCCAACAAUCGACAGCCGCGCUCGAGAGCUACGAACGCUCGCUGCGCAAUCUCCUUUGCCCCGACUGCAUCGCGUACAACCUCGACAUCUACGGACCGGACAUUUGGCAGUGGGAGCAAUUUACUGGAGCGUGCGCUUGUAUGGAGAUUGAAGGGCCUGGGUCGCAGCGACAGAGUUAUCGCACUUCCGGGUACAGGCAGCAGGGCCAUCGCAGCCACAGGACGACGCACGUCAAAGGAGGGCCCAAUCCCAAGGAGUUUGCGGAUACUCACCACUGGCUAGAAUCGCACCUCUCCCGCCAAGCGGCUUUGCGCGUCCAACAAUCCCAGUCGCAUUCCCGUGGACAUCACGAGCCGCACGCGAGCAGUAGCGCCUCGGCGACAGCGCUCCAAGCGACUCCUCGCCCCGCGCCAUCAAUCGAUAUUUGGGAUGUCGUGUCAGCCGUGCUUCGAGAGUUCGGCUGCGAAGCCAUUCGCGAACGGGAAGAACGGCCGUCGCGCGCAGGCGGAGCUGUUCCCAGUGACAGUAGCAGUCGUGUCGGAAGAGGGCUCUUUCCGCUUCGGCGCGACCUGGUCCAAAUCGUCCCGCUGGGUCACGUGGGCUCAGAGUGCGCUUCAGAAGCGGCCUGGCGCGCCGAGGCGGUGCUUCACUGGGCCACGCGAGAUUUGGGCCUCGAGUCCACGGAGGUGUUUGGCGCUCAUAAACGCGAGAUGCCCACCUUUGCGCGUCGACUCCGCCGGUCAGCCGUCGCACAUUCCCACCAGUCGCGGCCGUUCCAGGCGUUGCUUCAUUUCGUUGGGUCGCUACUGGCAGCCUGUCUGUCCCUCCCGUUGACCAUCACGACCGUCGCUCUCACCAUCCUUUGCUUCUACUCCAGGCCGAGUUCUCUCAGAAUUAUUUAA